UAAAGAUCAGUUUACUGUUCGAAGUCAAGCAGGCUUAAAAAUUUGCUUGCAAAAAAUUUACCAUGGCUAAGUUACCAUUGAUGUCAAAGCUUUACAUAGUCGCUGCAUUAUGGCAGGCUGAAUCUGUCACCAUAGUGAUACUCAGUGUCCUCAAUUUGAUCGCGUUCGGAAGGUCGGUUGUCUAUGAUGAGGCAGAAAUUAGAAUCCAAUACUUCCAAAUAAUGAUUGAAAUUGGGAUGACGAUAUGCACCGUUUUGUUUACGUACGCGGCUAAAUUUACCACAGUGCGGCAAUUUUAUAGAUGGUCGAUAGAAAUUGCGUCAGGGAUGGAUUACUUAGCAUCCCAAAAGUUGGUCCAUGGAGAUGCUGCCAGAAACAUUCUGUUGGAUAACAUAUUAGUCGCAAAAAUCUCGGAUUUUGGAAUGUCUCGCAAACAUUACGAGUACCAAGGGUACGCAAGGAAUACGGAGCAAUCAAAAUUCCCUUGGCGCUCAAUGGCUCCUGAAAGUUUGGAUUGUUUGAAAUUUUCUGUACAAUCUGACAUUUACUCGUAUGGGGUUUUACUCUGGGAAAUAUUCAGCUUUGGGGAAACCCCUUGGUCAGAAUUGUGUUGGACGUCGAACUUUAUAGAAAAAUUAAGAGCCGGAGAUCGUCUUCAAAAACCAGUUUGCGCCUCUGAAUAUUUGUAAGGUUAUGGUACAAUGCUGGAAGACAAAUCCAGAAGAUAGGCCAAUGUUUAAGGAUAUUCCGCAUUUGCUUGAAGGAAACGGGUCAAAGGAAAUUUGCGUGACUACGAAUUUUUAAGACGGGAUAUUUGAUAUCUUAUUAAAUAUUUAAAUAUCUAAAUUUAUAUUAAAACAACUCUGGCAAUUUCUUCGUCUCUUAUCUAUUAGGUUAGGUUUUAAUCUUGAGCAGGGUGGGGAUUUAAUUUGUGCGACUCCUGCGAAGUCAGUCUUUCUUGGCAAUUUCGUUGUAGCUUUUAAAUGCUUUUUAAAUCUGUGAUGUAUUUAUGUACUUUAGAUACAUGAUUCAGUGUGAAUAAAGAAAAAUAAGAUUUACAUAUCA